AUGGAAGCGCUGAGUAAACUUUCCAUCGAUGCCUCCAACACAGACAAUUUCGCUGUCUCCCACAACAACUACUUGACCCUCCUCACUCUACUAGCCUCCAACCUAUCUCAGUCAUCCCUGAAACUGCGCUUUGCUUCUCUUUACACUCUGCUGCUCCACUAA